CUGAUAAUUGUAUGGUUUACUGCUGUGAAGCUUGAAAAAUUGGUCAAAAGAUAUAUAUGUUUUUAAUUUGCUCUAUUUACCCUCUAGCAAGAAAUUAUUUUUAAAAAAAUAUUCCUAUAUUCACGACAAUUGAUUUCCUUCAUAUGACACAUGCAAGUUUUCUAUCUUUAUUGACUGUAGAUUAGUUUCUUCCAAUUUCAUGGAAAGUUUAUUUAAGAAAAAGAUAAAAUACCAAAAUGCUGCGUGGCUUUCCUUUAACCAUUUGAAUCCCACAGUUCAAAAAACUUGGUUAUAUUUAGGGAGGUGUGAUUAUAAUGGAAUGCGGAUUUCAAUUUUUCUUAGAAGAAAAAAUAGAAUGGAAGGCACGCUGAGUGCUUAAUACUGUUUCACUGUUGUGUUUCUAUACAUUUUGGCUCUGUCGUCCAUGAUUGCGGUUGGCUAAACCUAUUAGGUUAAUUACUCCCUGCGUAAAUACAUUCUAGAGCAUUCUUUUCGUUAACCAAGCUUACAUCUUUCCAAAUUUAACUUUAUGCUAGAGCCAGUUUUGGGUCAUGGUUAGGUGACACUGAUAUAUGAGUAGGUGACGCUUCGCAAAUAAUAAAGUAAAGAAACUGCAUGAGAUAAGUGUUUUUGUGAUAUCCCAGCUUUUGCCAAUCCUAUCAAUUCCUCAAUACCUAAAAAUCAAUAUUUUGGUUGCUUCGAUUUAGUCAGAAAACAUCUCGGAUUACUAAAGACUUCUGUAAUUGGUUUUUCUAUGCAGACUUAAGUGUUUUUCGUAAGAUCGCACUACCAAAGCAGCAGUGAUACGCCACCACUUUGUCUCCAAAUCAUACAAAAAGCAACUGGUAUCUCGUCUGAAAAUCUCAGCCAUCUCUGCUUUAUCAGGACUGUUUCCGUUCCCAGGCAAUCCAUUCACGUCUCUUUUUCAUUUAACUCUAAAACACCUUUGUUCUUUACACUGUUAUGACGGAAAAGCUGGGUGUCUUAUGUGAUAAACAAAUUUGUAACUGCUGUUUCGACAUCGUUAGUAACUGCUGUUUUUACCUCGUUUUGACACCGACUUUGAGAGAAAACACUUUUGUCUUGAUAACAUUCAAUACUAGUUUCUUUUGGAAUUGUGUGAGUUUUUGCAGUUUCCAAAUUUUUGAAGGUGAUUUAUUAUGGCUCCGUUCGGGAAGUCUUAAUUGAAUAACUUAAUCAAAUAUAAUUUCAAAUUCCCUCGUUUCCGACAUCUCGAUAUGAAUCAGUCCCAAAAUACACCGAAGGCCGACAGACAAGACCUUUUCCAUAUUGCUUUAUUUCUACUGACGUUGUCAACUUCAGCUCUUAAUUAUAAUUGAAUUAUACCCGUUUAACUUCGAUAUGUAUAGUCCGUGUACGAAAAUAGCGCAUUGUUAAAAUUUGAUACCGAUUGCAAUGGGAUUGAAUAAAAGAAAGAAAAAAAGAAUGAAAUUUAUGAAAGGGAAGGAAGUGAAAGGAAAAAGAGAAGAACCGCGCGGUUACCAAGCCCUCAACACAUGACGUAACCUUCACUCUAAAAUAUGUCAACAUUGUUGUGUUUUCACAAUUUUGGUUCAAACAAUACGUUAUAUUUACUUUCUUAUUUCAUUUCUGAGCGGUCUUGCGGCUUGUAUACUACUGGACAUUAAUUCGGUGCCUUGGAGGUCGAAACAGAUCCAUUUAAUCGAGUUUACAGCGCCGUAUUUACGAGAAAUGUGAAGACUUAACUGACCUUUAUUCUCUAUACCGACAACACUGAUGGCCCAGUAUUUAUGACACAUUGACUUCCGAUAUUCUUCAUCUGUGUUUGUCUUUGCUAUGUUAUCGAAGAAUGUGCCAAACCUUUUAAAAGGAAGGGAACAAAGUGAAAGGAUUAACAGAACAAUCCAGAGAAAAUUACAGGUUUAUGGGCAACUCGUACAGCGACUUGGUUUGGAGACAGAACUUCGGGGCCAUGAAGGAUGUGUUAACUGCUUGCAAUGGAACACUAGUGGCAGUGUCCUAGCUUCGGGCUCUGAUGAUCUUCAUGUAAUAUUAUGGGAUCCGUUCAAGCGCAAAAUAAGGCAUAAAAUAAGCACAGGACAUAGUGCAAACAUUUUCUCUGUAAAGUUCAUGCCCAAUACUGGUGAUGAGGUUCUGGUCACAGGUGCUGGUGAUUUCCAUGUCUGUGUUCAUUCUGUACCACAGCAUGAUACAAUCCAAACAUUUAAAUGUCAUACAAUGCGAGUCAAGCGUCUUGCGUCAAGUCCUGAUGCUCCGCAUUUGAUUUGGAGUGCUUCGGAAGAUGGCACAAUAAGGCAAUUUGACUUACGUGAAUCUCACAUUUGCCAUGCAAAUGAGAACUGCAAAAAUAUCCUCAUUGACCUCACUCUUCACGUUGGCUCUUGUGAGAUAAAAUGUAUCGAAGUAAAUCCUUGUCAAUCUGAGCUGCUAGCCGUAGGCUGCAGUGAUCCGUACGUUCGAAUGUACGAUAGACGCAUGCUCAGAAAACAUUGCUUAACCUCCGACUCAGGGGUGAGCCAUUGUUGCAUUGAAACUUGCCCAAGCAGCAUAGCCACCUUACCAAACGGCUGUGCCAGGUAUUUCACCCCAGGCCAUCUCCCUUGUACAACACGCCGUGGAAAACGAAGGUCUGUUGUUUCAACUUAUCUCACAUUCAGCCCAAAUGGCCAGGAGCUUCUGGUCAACUUAGGCGGGGAGCAAUUAUACUUGUUUGAUAUCCGAAGACAGCGUCCGCCUCUCACCUACACACCAGACUCUUUCAGUAGCGACAAUUCUUGUAGCAUAUCUAAGAACGGUUUCGUUCACCAUAAAUCAAGUGUUGGUGCCGAAGAGGAAAUGGUGGGUGGUAAUGCCACCUUAAGUAAGACUAAACUGAGUGGCACUAAUGGUUUUACAAAGACAAAUGAUCAGACUAAUAAAACGUCAGAAAAGACUGGAGGUCUUGCAGGAAAAUCCACAGAACUCUCUGGAAAAGCAUUGGAGUUGAAGUUCAGAGCAAAUACAGAAUAUGAAAAUAAGAAUUAUUGGGGAGCGAUAAAUCUGUACAACCAAGCUCUCAUUCUGUCGCCAGAUUCUGCUGUUCUCUACGCUAACAGAGCUGCGGCAUUCCUGAAGCGAGGAUGGUAUGGUGAUGUGUAUUCAGCUCUUCGUGACUGCGAGCACGCUCUAACUCUGGAUUUGGCCAGCUCAAAAGCGGCCUACAGACAGGCUCGCUGCUUGUUUGAACUCGAAUGGUUUCCGGAGGCCGAAGCAUGCCUGAAACGAUUCAUAUCUCGUUUUCCAGACGAAUGCAAUUCGAAACUAGUAAAAUGUCUCGAAAGAGAUAUUAAAGCAGCAUUGUUUUCGCAAACUGAAGAUGGUAAUGGAAAAUCUUCGAACCGUGACAGAUCAAGAAGACAUGAGACUUACUCCGGCACGCUACUGGGAUCGCUAAAGAGGAUCAAUGAUUCUGAACGGGAGUUGAGAACUACAUCCAACGAUUACAAAUCGAGAUUUUGUGGCCAUUGCAACACCACAACUGAUAUAAAAGAGGCGAAUUUUUUUGGUGCAAAUGGAGAGUAUAUUGUCGCUGGUAGCGAUGAUGGCUCGUUUUUUGUUUGGGAGAAAUCAACUGCGAACUUAUUGAGGAUUUUGAAAGGGGAUGAAUCAAUAGUUAACUGCUUGCAACCGCAUCCUAGCGGCUGUAUUCUAGCAACCAGUGGUAUCGACCCGGUUGUUCGUUUGUGGAGCCCUCAGGCCGAGCAUUCAGAUGAGUCUGGUGAUGAGCGACGUGUACCAGAUAACGAAUUCGCACAGGUCGCCAAAGAUAAUCAAAGACGAAUGAAGACUGAUCCUUUCGAAGUGAUGAUGAUGAAUUUGGGAUACACGGUGACAAGAGAGCGAACGGAUGGUGAUGAUAGCGAUGGGGAAUAUGGGAGUGUAACCUCCCCGAAUUGUCAUGCUAGUUAGACCGGUGGUUGGAACCAACAGAGGCCAAUCAAGAGUGAUGUUAGUUAAGGUCUGUUCACACGAUCCAAUUUUGUUGUUACUUCUGGUGGAUGUUUUAUAGUCUGUUGUCAUGUAAUGUAUAUGAGCAGCAAAUCCACUGAAGCCAAUGCACUACGGCUUCAUCAAUAACCGACUAUAUUUCAUACGUCAGAAGUGAAUUAGAUCCAACAAAAUUGGAUCGUGUGAACAGACCUCUUUAGGCACUGACGAAGCGACUCCGGGCCAUUUGUUCAGUUCCAAAAUCCUGCCUUAUCUUAUAUUAAAGGCCAUUAAUGCAAUAUGUCAUUCCAGAUUUUUUAUCUGGGUCAGUAUAGUCCAUCCCCUCGAUGGGUUUUUUUGGGGGCAUUCCUAAUCUAAAACUGUGGGUUAGAACUAUCACAGGAUUAGCGCUCAACUAGCAAAUCACAGCGCGUUAAUCGGGCUUCGAGAUUUGUGGAUUAAAAUUUCACAGCGAGAAUAAGUAUGCUAAAACUUGUAAUUGCUAUGUUCCAGCCACCUACUGGAUAUAUAGCUAACCUAGAAUUAUAAUUUAUUGUAUAGUAAAAUAUAUUGGAAAUUUGAAAUGCAAAAUAUAUAAUGUAUUCGAUAUAUUAUGAUGAAGAAGUUUCGGGUAUUUCACUAGUUCUCCAUUAUUAACGUAAAAAUGAAUGAAAGUUCAUUCUGUCAGUUGUGACAGAAUGACAAAAUCAGGUG